AUGGCUAUUCCUGCCAUAUCAUUCGGCCAGCUUCUAUUACUAGCAACCCUCCUAAGAAUUGGGUUUUUUUUCUUCGGGCUUUACCAAGAUGAAUACAUGCCUGUUAGAUAUACUGACAUUGACUAUUUAGUGUUUAGUGAUGCAGCCAAGUAUGUUUAUCAGGGGUUGUCUCCAUACAAAAGAGAAACUUACAGAUACACGCCGCUCUUGGCGUGGUCUCUCUUGCCUAAUGCCUGGGGUGGCUUUUAUGUACAUUUUGGAAAGAUUCUAUUCAUGGUGUGUGACCUUUUAACAGGAAUACUUAUUUACAAAACGUUACCUAAGCUGAUUGAGCAUCAAAAACGGAUCUUUUUGCUGGCAAUUUGGCUAUUGAAUCCUAUGGUAAUUACUAUCAGUACUCGCGGCUCCUCUGAGAGCGUUCUCACUUGCUUCAUUAUGUUGACUGUCUAUUAUUUCAUGCGCCAGAAUUUCACUCUUUCUGCUUUAUGGCUAGGAUUGUCCAUCCAUCUUAAAAUCUACCCGAUUAUUUACAUUCCUGCUUUCUUGUUUUGUCUUUCUGCUCGUGGGUCCCCCUUUACAUUCGUGAAGAACGUACCGGUCCUCAAUUGGAUCAAUUUGACCAAUUUGUGGUUUUUGUUAGUCACCCUUGUUUCUCUUGGUGGUUGCAAUUAUGCUAUGUACCAAUUCUAUGGGUACGAGUUCUUGGAACAUUCUUACUUUUAUCAUUUGACUCGUAUUGACCACAGACACAACUUCUCCUUGUACAAUGUAAUGCUCUACUAUGCAUCAGCCUGGCCGCAUUUAUCGAGCGAUCUGUUGUCUCUGUUGGAUUUGCUUUUCAAUGGUAUCGCUCAAAACAUUGAAAAAUUUGCUUUUGGGCCUCAACUUUUUAUCAGCGCCGUCAUCAUUCCUUUGACGUUAGCCCAAAGUAACCUCCUUGCAUGUCUUUUCAUUCAAACAUUUGCAUUCGUGACCUUUAAUAAGGUCAUUACCUCGCAAUACUUCAUAUGGUUUCUAAUUUUCCUUCCUCAUUACCUUGGUACAUCCACUUUGACUUCGAAGGAACACAUCGCUCGUUCUUGCAUGAUGCUAUUGAUGUGGAUUAUGUCACAGGCUUGCUGGCUAUUGUAUGCUUACAAGCUAGAGUUUUUGGGUGAAUCAACCUUCACAGACGGCUUAUUGAAGUCAUCAAUACUCUUCUUCCUCACCAAUUGUUAUCUGCUCAAGCAGUUCAUUGAGUAUGCGUAG